CGUCCCGAAAGGUCCGUUCAACGACAUUCAGAGCUCUUAUCACUCGUUACCCGAAAGUCCCUGCUGUAGUCUGAAGUGCUGCCAAACUCACUAUCUACACGCCGCCAUUGGGAAGCGGUAGCGUCAUGGGUACAGGCGGACCAGGUAAAGGCGAAAAGACAGUGGACGGUCACCCAAGCCAGGCAACUUGGACGGCGAAAAUCGAACGCACGAUGUUUCCCGCAAUGGCGUUCCCCGAAGAAACCCCGCAUCCCCUCCCAACCGCCAUCCACGACCGCAACCUCACUCGCUUCCCGACCCGGCUACCCGCGCUGCACUCGCUCGCCUCCAACCCGACUGUCACAUUCACCCCCGACUCCAAACUCUGGUGGCCAUCCUACAGCGCGCGCACGCGGUCAGGCCUAUUCAGCGGGACCGAUUUUUUCUACGGGACAGGCGAAACUUUCCAAUACCGCACGUUCCUCCCCACCCAAAAGCAGGAGAACUACUACCUCGUCGGAUUGAUUUACUUUGCGCAUUCGACAGAGGGCGCCCCGCAGUGCGUGCACGGCGGCGCGAUCGGCACGGCGUUGGAUCAAUUACUGGCGAUUGCUGUGCACUCGGAUCCGGCUAAUAAGCAUGUCCCGCACAUGACGCUCACACUCACUGUGGAUUACCGGCGGCCGGUCCCGCUAGCGCAGGUGCUGGGGUUCCACUGCGGGAUCACGAAGCGAGAGGGGAGGAAGGUGUUUGUGGAGGGGUGCGUCUUUGAUGUGGGGAAUAAAGGCGGACAGGGCGGGAUGGAUCUUGCGACGUAUGAUUUUGGGAGGGAGCCGGUGCCGAAGGGAAUCAGGAGGAAACGCGAUGUUGUUAUUAGCAGUAAGCUGUGAGACGGGGGGAUGCGUGGCGAUGGGAGAGAUGACAUCGACAGUACAUAUGUCCGGUCGCUUUGGAUGCGAUCACCGACGAAUGUAAAUAUUAUGACGUUCAAAUGGACAUGGAAAGACUAAAAUGUACAUGUUUCCUUUCGCCACUCUGCGCCACAACUCGACCAAUCCAAAAAGCCGGCAAUCCUAGCGUAAGAUCCCUUCCCUCUGUAAACCACAUGUUACAUACUAUCUAACGCCCGAUGCGACUCCGGCAUCCUGUUCUUCCGGUACGUCCUGUAAUGCCAAUACUCCUUCUCAUGCAAGAACCGCAUUGUAUCCGCUGACGCGCAGGCUUCCCUGAAUGCAGCAUGCUGGAGGAGAUCUAGCAUAUACAGACUGUACGGGUAUCUGGGAAAACGUAGCCAUAUAAUGGGUGAUUAGGAUUAGAUCUUAAAUUCCUGAAAGCGUGAGGUAUCGACCGCCCCUCCCAUACGUGAU